AUCAACAACGAGCUUCAUUGAAAUAUCCCUUUCGGUCCAGGGCAAGCAAUAUGUUCCCCACCAGAGCCCUCUUCGCAAAAGCUAGCGUCACGCUCUUCACCCGCGCUGGCUGCGGGCUCUGUGACACCGCCAAGCACGCCGUGACCCAGCUACACAAGCGGAGGCCGUUUGAUUACUCCGAAUUGGACAUUAUGGCCCCCGAGAAUAAGUCCUGGAAGGACGUCUACGAAUUUGAUGUCCCGGUUCUCCAUGUCCAAGCUGCCCUCAAGGAUCAACUCUCCGAACCGAAGAAGCUUUUCCACCGGUUCACCGAGCAGGAAGUCGAGAAUCUGGUCGAUGAAGCAGAAAAAACGAAGUCAUAGAUGAACAAAGGCUCGCUGGACGUACGACAAUCAUGAACAUCGUUCAUUCUAAAUUGCAAACACUAUACAUGUGGGGAUUGGAUGGGUAGAUCUAGUAGGUGGGAACGGCGGCAUCAGUCUUGCUACCCUUGGCGGUUUCAAGGGCAUCCGCAAGGAAGGUGGGCAAAGCGACAGCAUCGGCGACGACGGAGAUCUGUAUCAAAGCUUAUCAGCGAUCUGGGAGGUAACCAGGAAAGGGGGAGACUGCUACAUACCAUGUGGAAACCCUGGUCGGCGUACUUCUUUGCAGCCGCACCACCCACGCAGUAGAUACCGGCCCUCUUUCCGUUAUCGACAGCAGCCUUGCGGAUCCGCUCAAUCGCAGCCUCGAGG